AUGGCGGCGAAGGCGGCGUCGGUGGCCGUAAGCGGCGCCAUACAGGCUGUGAGAGCCGCAGUGGAGCGAUGUAGUACGGAAACAAACGAGCUAUGCGCGGUGCUCAGCAAGUGCUGCUCGAACAAGGCACAUCGCUACGUGCUCAGUUCGGUUGACUCCGUCUUUUACGGUAUGAAGUUGCCAGAAAAAGCGGAUGCAGAGGACUCUGGAGACAGGAAGAGCACAGUGUUGACGCUUUGCAAGCUGCCGAGAGCUGUCUACUUGCCGAGGUCACCCGAUGUCACACGGCCGGGCCCGGAUCUCGGUGCCGUCCUCGACGGAGAACUGCAGAGCUGGGACGCUGAAGAGCUAACUCUGCAGGACUACAGCUCAUUUGUAAGCGAGCUUGCUGAAACUGCCGAAUUCGUGUCGGCACAUGCAAUAGACGGUUCCUUCGGACCGCUCCGGCAGUCCGCCGUUGAGGUGCUGACCAAAUACAAGCAGAUGCUGCUGCAGGACACCAGGCUCGGCGACCUCCGAAAACUCACUUACGCCGCGCAGUUGCUGAAUGUGCUAAAGAUACACUCGAUUGACAGCGACAACCUCACGGAGCUCAUUAUUGCCAUCGUGGCCAAGACCCCGCAGAUUCUGAGGCAGUGCAGCCUCCAGACCCUGGACGCCAUCGCCAAGAUCAAGUUGCCGACCAAGGAGAAGGAGUACUUCGAUUACUUCUUGCGGAUGAGCACCACGAAGCCAAUGAAGCUCAAGCAGUGGUCCGAGAUGUUCUGGCUGGUGGCGCGCAACAGCGACAACCGCAACACGAUCGAUUCCUUCCUGCACUGCUACAAAAUUGUGGCCAGGCACAUGAACCGCGUGGAAUCAGCGGAAGGCACGAAAGAAAAGGCAAAAGCGGUGCAAUGUUCGUCGCUGAUGAAUGUUGUCUACGGUGUGAUGACAUUGCAGAAGCGCCUGCGGUCGAACGACCCGGUUUACAAGAACGCGCUGGGCGUCCUGGAGGCCAUAUGGCCACUUAUAGAAACCAGAUUACAACGCUUCGAGCACGCUGAACUCAUCGAUAUCGCCCAUUGCUACCUCGAGCACCACAAGGUUAUCAAUCCGCAGAUGAGGCACGGCAGCAGAAACUGCGUGGACCUGCUUGUGCGCGAAUUUGUGAAACGGUCGGGUGAAUUUAUGCUACGUGAUUGGGUGGCGCUCUUCGAAGUGCUGGAUACGUCACGAGAUGCCAUGGUCAUCAACGUCCUCAUGCAGAAACCGACGAACUACUACGUCAAGGUCGCAGCGGUUCAGCAGGUGUGGCUGGAGGACCUCGCCAAAUCGCUGGAACAGAUGCCGCUGGAGGAACUGGCAGACAACAUAUACUCGCUGUCGCUGCCACAGUGCUCUAAUCUGUGCAAACACCUGGUUGCCGCGGGCUGUUACAACGCGCCCGUCAGCGCCGUGCUAGAACGCCGGUGCCUAUCCCUGAUCACCGACCUCAAGUAUCAGACCACCAGGCACAUCAUGGACUUCUAUUUCGUACAACUCCAGAUGGUCCUGCCGCAGCACAACGCGCUGCGAUCGGCGCUGGAAAGCAACAAGCCGCUUCGCACCUCGCUCGAGCAGAUGUCAUGCAACACCAUGCUUCGGCUGCUCGGCAUUGCGAGGCACUGCGGCCCCGCGGAGCGACGCGUGCUGCUGCAAAAGCUGACGGAAAGGAUCGAGUCCAACGUCCUGAAGCUAACGCAUCAGCAGUGCCUCACCGUGCUCAGGUACGCUGCACGCUUCAAGGACAGCAAUCUCACCAACGCCGUUCUCACGGCGGCAAUACCGCCGCUGCUAGAGACGCAGGAGCGGCACAAGGGGUUCUACAGGAUGCUCGACAUAUCUAAAUUUGCCCUCAACCUGCCCAAGGACGAGUGCUCUGAGACCUCACCGGCUGUGAUCCUCAGCGAGCUCAUCGUGCAACACGCACCGGCACACGUCAGACACCUCGCGAUACCGCACCUGGACCUGCUGCUCCAAAACGUGAACAGAUCGGGAAUGUUCCCCAAGCAGCUUUUCGAGGUAGUGCUGUCGCACGCCAUGGAGGUUGAGAUCAUGGGGGUGCCGGCGGCGCAGCUGACGGGCAUGAUGCAGACCCUCUCAGAGCUGGGUGUGAGGCACGAGAACCUAUUGGAACGGCUCGAGGAGGCCAUUAUCAUGUCAGUGGCAGAUGAUGAGCCGGACGCCGUGGCGGAGGUGCUGGUCUCCACGGCCACCAGCCUGGCUCACCUCGGCAUGCGAACGACGAAGCUGAACGAGCUGUUCGAGCACAUCCUAGCCAAGACCCCUGUAACGCUGUCUAGGUGGGACUACUCGGCGCUGAGCCGGCCAAUGCAGGUGAAUCUGCUGCACGCCAUCGCCCUCUUCGGCACUGUGAACGAGGACCUCGAACGGGUCUUCACCCAGCUCGUCAACGACUGCGAGCGUGAGACUAAGGAUGCCGGCGAUGCGGUGUCUUUCGCCACACUAUAUCCGGAAUCAUAUCGCAAACUAUACGAUACCUACAUAUCGCUUCUCGUGGGAGGCUUCGCGACAGGGACGGAAGAGGGAGCGCUGGCGAAGUCGGAAUUCCUGCUGGAACACCUGCCCUGCUACCACUGGUUCAGCCAUCAGGAGCAGUUGUGUACGGAGUUCAAGGCGUCACCGCACUACUUGCAGUUUAAGGGCACUCUGGAACAACUGGGUCUGGAAGGCAUCGAGCCCCGCGUUACCGAGGCCUACUUUGCCCACAUGGUUCUCGACUCGCCAGAGUGCAAACAAAAGCUGGCAAAUGGCGGCCACAUCCUCUACUGCGUACCUCCCAACCAUGAGUUGCGGUGGUGGACACCCAAGGGCGACACUGCAGCGGACUCCACGGUUAACAGGAUCGAGUCCUACCAACGCGCCAUUGGGCAAUCCGCAAGGGUUAUCGACCACCUGCAGCGAUCUGGCUGGAAUGUGGUGACGGUGUUUUUACGCGAGUGGGAUGCUUUGGAAUUGGAGCAGCGCGGACGCCACCUGCUGAAGGCACUAAAACUCAAAGACGUCACUGACGUAGACACGCCAUAA